AUGAAAGACCAGGUAUCCAUUGAGCUACUGGAUUCUAAUUUUGAUCAAACCUUGGCAGACUAUUUUAGCAACCUUGAACAAUUUUGGCUUAACGCCAAAGAUCAGGAUUUUGACCUCGAUACAUGCAUGGAAUUGUGUGAUCAUGUGGCUUUGUUGAACGAAGAGCUAACGGCCCAAAACAGCGAAGAAAAAACCGAAAUCGCACGGACAGAGCUAGAAUUCGAGCAUGUGCAAAAGCUAGACACUGCCACACCAGAGAUGUAA